GCGCGCGCCGCUCCAGCCACACGCCACCCGUGUUCGAAAAUUUUUGAAUUUCGAAAAUGAAAUCGGCCGCGCGAUUUCAAUCCCGUCAAUAGAAGAUGCCAGUGUUCCGCACGGAAAAUAUUUUUAGAGCAACAUUUGACAAAGACUGUUAUAUAAAAACUGUUAUAAUGAUGUGUCAGUAGCAGGGACAGUAAGCGUAGCAGUGCGGUAGUUGCAGCGUCGCGUUUUCAGUUUGCGUUUUCAGUUAUACGUCACAUGUAAAUUGGACGCGGCGACAUUUCGUUUGUUUGUUUUCAUCGAAAGUGACUGGACUGUGACAUUUGAAAUCGAUAGUAUCCGUAAUUGAAGUACCACGUAUGCGGGUCGCCUUAGUGAAAUUUUUAUUGACUUAAAAAAUUGGGAGCAAAUUAUAUUAUUGUGAAGUGACAGUGGGAUUUAUCGGAAACUGCAGUCUCCUGAUAUUGUGCAAACACCAAAGAUAUUAAGAUGAACCAAAAGUGCAAAGUAUGUGGAGAACCAGCGGCCGGGUUCCAUUUCGGCGCAUUCACUUGUGAAGGAUGCAAGUCAUUCUUCGGCCGCUCCUACAACAACCUGAACUCCAUCACGGAGUGCAAGAACAACGGAGAAUGUGUCAUCAACAAGAAGAACCGGACAGCUUGCAAGGCGUGCCGGCUGCGCAAAUGUCUGAUGGUCGGCAUGUCCAAAUCCGGGUCCCGGUACGGCCGCCGUUCCAACUGGUUCAAGAUACACUGCCUCCUGCAAGAACAGCAGCAAGCUGCGCAGUCACAGUCUCCUCCAAGAGUGCCGCCCUCCCCCCACCCGCUUGCUCCUCCCUUCCCACCUCAUCUCUUCCCAGGGCUCGCUAGACCAAGAACUAAAGAAGAACUUGCUCUCCUUGGCUUAGACGAUUACAAGCCUCCUUGCUCUGCGUCUCCAGACUCACAUAAAAGUGGGUCGUCUCCAAAAUUAGAUGAAAAAUCUCGGCUGACACAGUCGCGGCCACCAGACAGGCCGCUGACGCCGCCCAGAGAUAGCUUCGUCCCCCUCCACCUCGCCAACAUCGCCUCCUUGCCCCACUUCCCCCACUCGCCCUUCUUACCACCGCCGCCGUUCAGCCCGUUCGCACACAACCACCCGCUGCUGUUCCCGCCAGGCUUCCACCCCAUAUACUCACGCCACCUCCUAGACCAGGCAGCGCUACGACAAGCUGCUGAGAAUAACAACGACGUCAGAAUCGACGACCACAAUGAGCGGACAGAGUCGUCCAAGCGGUUCUUCCUAGAUGAGAUCUUAAAACAGCAACGGUCUACACAGCCAACCCCUCAGGAAGAUGUAAUCUCUGAAACUGAGUUCGUGCCAACACCGCCGGCUGAGAGGAGAACUUCGGAGUCUCCGCUGCAGGAAAAUCCCAUGGAUUUAUCUGUCAAAUCUGACGGCAGGUCAAGUUCUGCUCGUCGGAGAUCAGACGAUAGUGAAGUGAUAGUGCCAGACAAUGAGGACGGGGAGUCAGGCAGCGGGGCGGGGUCCGCGAGCGAGGAGGAGGACGUGUCAUAUUCACAAAUAAAGAGGAUCAAGCUGCACCCUCUGGACCUCACCACCAAAGUCUGACGUGAGACGCCGCGUCACCUAGUGCCCUUAUAUAGACUGUAUUAAACGUCAGUGAAAGAAUCAAAGGCCAGUAUAGAGGAAUGUGAUUUUUGUUUAAGCUCAAACAGUCGAAUGUUUGAUUUGUUAUCGCUUGAAAGAGUCUAUCCAAAUACGUAUAAUAAGUAAUGUUUAGUAAAUACAAUGUUAUUGGUACUUAACGAGCCCGGUUCGAGGUUAUGUACAAAACGAAUGUAAAUAAAUAAAUUAUUCUUUGAGUAGUGUACGUUAGGAUACUUUAGAUAAUGAUUAUGUUUUGGAAAUGGACACAGCCGGGUGUUGCGACGCUCCAUUCUCAACCUUAUAUAUAUUUUUGUAUAAAUGUUUGAAUAUAAUUUAUUUCUAGUAGAAUUUCGAAGUGUUGUUUGAGGUUGUAAUGUGUUAACUUCGGGUGCAUUGUGAAUCCUUUUUAUAUUUCUAAGUCUUCGUAUUUCUAUCGGUAGCUAAGUUCUAUUAUAUAAUCACGACUGUCGGCUGUACUGUUACGUUCAUAUAAAUACUCUUAUUAUCUCUUUUUGAAUAAUAUAUUGACAGUGUUGGUAAUAUUUAUGUAAAGUCUGUAUUUCUCUUUUCAUUUCUAUAAGGCAGUAGAGAAAGAGAUGGUAAGAGCUAAGGAUAUACUCGAUUGUUACACAAACAUUCCUAAUUUUGCUCAAUAUUGUUGUUGUAAUCUCCUAAACAUUUCCAUUUACUCAACGUAGUGAAAUUAUCGACACAUUCAUACUCAAAUGUAAUACUUUGACAAACGUGUUUUUUUUGUAAAUAUAAAUAUAGGUAGAGUGUUUUUUUUUAUUUCAUAAACAAAUGUUUGUAAUGAAUACAUUCCACGGAGACGUACAAAAUAAACUAUUCAUGCACUCGA